CACACACUGACACACACACACAGACACACCUGAGGAAGGAAACAGGAAGAGCUGUAGGAGUUGUUUGGCAGCAACGGUAGCAGGAACAGAGAGCCAACCAAUCCAGUGGGGGCUUCACCUCUACAGCCCCACCCAUACCCAUGAUCCAAGUCCAGUCCAGACCCAAGUCCAGUCCAGACCCAGUCUAGUCUAGGCCCAUGCUCAACCAGUCCAGACCAGUCCACUUCAAGUUAUUUAUGAAACGGGGUAAAGAAGACGAGUAACAGACUGAAAUAUGGAAGGUCGUGCCCUCUGACCCCUGACACUAACAAGAAACAUCUACCCAGUUUGGCUCCACCCCAUCCAAUGUUCUCCAGGAAGGACAGCCUGUCCUCCCCCAGCUUGGAAGACUCCUUUUUUCCCCUCUCCUCCUCCUCCCCCUCCCCCUCCUCCCUAUCUCUUUCCUUGGCUCAUCCCGCUAACUCUCCCUCUUCCUACUGCCAGGGUGGGAGUGGCCCCAUGGGGAGGGCGGGGUCAGAGGUGGGGCUGGAGGCAGGGCUAGAGACAGAUCUGAUCCUGGCUGCAGAACUGGGCCAAGCGCUGCUGGAGAGGAAUGAAGAGCUGGCUGAGGCACUAAUGCAACGAGACAGAGAGAUAGAGGUCCUGCAUCAGGAGAAUCAUGUUCUCCAGAGGAGGCUGGAGGUGUUUGAGCUGUCAUCAGGACAGAGAGAGGCAGAGCUAGCAUCUGACAUCUCUUCCUUACGGGCUGAGUUGGAGCAACAUCAUAGCCGGGGGCGGGACAAGAGGCGAGAUGAGAAUACACAGCUGACUGAGCUGGCCAAUCACAACCAUCGUCUAGUGGGACAGCUGGCAGAGGCAGUGUCCGCAGAACACCAGUUGCGUAUUGAACUUCGUUCCAUUAAAGAAGAGUUGGAAGACCUGUCGCUCAACAGAACCAUCAGUGCUACACAACUGGACAACACCCAAGCAGAGAACCGGGUAUUGAAGGAGAAGCUGAGAAAUAUGGAGGAGCAAUUGAGGUCCUGGCAGGCGGACUGCGAUAGGCUGAGAGGAGAGAAGGAGGGGCUGAGAGACAGACUGACAGAUCUACAGACCAAUCUGAGAGAGAAAGAAGCUCAGUUGGAGCACGAACAGAGCUUGAUAUUUGAGUUGCGGACACUGAGUCGUUCUCUGGAGGAGAGGUUGGGAGAGGAGAGCCUUCUGGAUGGCACACAUACACAUACAUACACACACCCUCUUUCCCUACUCAACGAGAUACAGCAGACACAGGCCACAGAGACACUGUUGGCCCACUCUACCAUCCUACAGGACAGAGACCAGGAGAUAGACAGGCUGAGAAAAGAGAUGUGCUCCAGAGACAUGGAGAUUGAAUGCCUGCAGGAAGAGUUACUGCCAUUCAGAAGCAAUCCAGGAAAACCCACCUAUAGCUCCCUGGAGAGUGAGAUGUGUCUCGUGCGUCAGGAGAGAGACUGUCUAACCCAACAGCUGCUGAACACAAUCCAACACAAGGUGGCGCUGUCUCAGGAGGUUGACGCAUGGCAGGUGUGUGUUUCUCCCUCUCUCACCCCAACUGGGUGGCUCAUCUGGCGUGUUUCUCCCUCUCUCACCCCAACUGGGUGGCUCAUCUGGCGUGUGUCCCACACAGAAAUAAAUGUUGAAAAGCAUGAAAUCCACAAGCUUAAAUCACCUUCUGGGUGUCCACAGUACACACUACAGGAAAUAGACGGUUGCCUCCCAAAUGUAUUUCUACAUAGAGAGAAGUGCUAUGCCACAAACAAUGGCUAGGGGGUAAGGUUAGUAACACUCCCAAUGGCUAGGGGGUAAGGUAAGUAACACUCCCAAUGGCUAGGGGGUAAGGGUAGUAACACUCCCAAUGGCUAGGGGGUAAGGUAAGUAACACUCCCAAUGGCUAGGGGGUAAGGGUAGUAACACUCCCAAUGGUUAGGGGGUAAGGUUAGUAUUACUCCCAAUGGCUAGGGGGUAAGGUAAGUAACACUCCCAAUGGCUAGGGGGUAAGGUAAGUAACACUCCCAAUGGUUAGGAGGUUAGGUUAGUAACACUCCCAAUGGUUAGGAGGUUAGGUUAGUAACACUCCCAAUGGUUAGGAGGUUAGGUUAGUAACACUCCCAAUGGCUAGGGGGUAAGGUUAGUAACACUCCCAAUGGCUAGGGGGUAAGGUUAGUAACACUCCCAAUGGCUAGGGGGUAAGGUUAGUUACACUCCCAAUGGCUAGGGGGUAAGGUUAGUAACACUCCCAAUGGCUAGGGGGUAAGGUUAGUUACACUCCCAAUGGCUAGGGGGUUAGGUUAGUAACACUCCCAAUGGCUAGGGGGUAAGGUUAGUUACACUCCCAAUGGCUAGGGGGUAAGGUUAGUUACACUCCCUUGUGGCUAAGGUUAGUAAAACAAACUUUUGAUUCGAACUUGAAAGCAUUGAAAUCUGAGUUGGUGGCAUUGACCCUCUCCACCAUCUCCAGCCAUGACUCCCUAACAAAACCAUACUUUAUAUGAGAGAUUCUCUCCAUCACAUGAUCAUCCGUCUAAUAUCUCUUUUCAUGUAGAAAAUAUCACAUUUCAAACCAAUCAUUGGUCUAAAAGAUGAAAUAGUUGACAACUUCUUUCAACCAGUUAAAACAGAGAGAGCAGUGCCUCCCCUCCCCCAGCAACCUGCUGCAACCUGAACCUCAUUUUCAUUGGUGGUCUGUCUGAAACCAGAUGAGAACAUCUUUACAUCCAUCCCUUUCUCUUUACAUCCAUCCCUCUCUCUUUACAUUCAUACAUCUCUCUCUUUACAUCCA